AUGGCUAGGUCGACUCAAGAAAACGAUAGAUGGCGACAAUUUUGCAUGCAGUAUGCGAAAUCGGUGGCAUUCAAAUUUGCGGAAAGUUGGCAGCAGUAUUCAAGAAAUGCCGGAACACCUUCGAGAAAUCUUGAUGUCUCCGAAGUAGUGCAUCAGUUUACUAGCACACUCACAGACGAGUUAAGUGAGAGAUUGCUAACUACACCGAAGGUCGUCUUCCCUUCUACCACUUGUUCUCAAACGAAUGCUUCAAGUGAUGGAAUAUCUUCUGCUGGGAUGGUUGCUCAGAGCAACAACGUCAACUAUCGUGAUCGUUCAUGUGAUUGGAGGUCAUUGAACGAGUAUGAACGACCUGCUAGUAUUGCCGAAAUUUCCUGGAUGUCGCGGUCGAGAUCCGAGGUGGCUUCAAGAGGAUGCAGCAUGGUGGCAGAAUCAAUGAAUCAGCAACAGUCAGCAAGCUCCCAUUCUAGUCGACCUUCAUCCAAACGGCUUUCCUGGUUUCGAUCACAUUUUCAAGCUAAAACGUCAGUUGAACUGAUUCGGGAAGGUAGUGUAAGAUAUAUGAGCGGUUUCGAAUUAGAAACUAAACAGUGGCGGAAAUGCAGACUCUGCUUAGUUAAAACAGCUGGAGGAUAUUUGUUGGAAUUUUAUUCGCCACCUAAAAGUAAUCGAGCGAAAUCUGGCAUUUUUUGUUUUCUUAUAAUGGAAGUCAGGGAAACAACACCAUUAGAAUUCGAAGAAGGAAAUGAGUUAAUAUUCGCCAUUCGUGGUUAUAACGAUACGGAAUAUGUCAUCAAAGCGAAGAAUGCAGAAGACUGUCAGCAGUGGUUAUCUGUGAUACGUGGUUGCAUGUCAGAAAAUGAUCCAAACACUUCUCAAAGGUUUAUGCGGCAACCAUCUGCUCCUCCAAUCAGUUCCAGUAAUCGAAGAGUUUUCUCGUCAAGAUCUUUAAAUAAUGUGCAUUCGAUGGCAUCAACGGGAAUAGAUACUCGAAUUCCAUUAUUGACACAUACUUUCCCUUCGGGACUUGAACUUUACCCAUGGUUUCAUGCACGUUUGUCUCGUAGUAUAAGUGCGCGACUAGUACUCCAUAAUGGAGUUGAUGGGCAUGGCUUAUUUCUUGUGCGUCAAAGCGAGACACGCCCUGGUGAAUUCGUAUUGACAUUUAAUUGUCAAGGCAAAGCUAAACAUGUAAGGAUUGUGAUGAUGCCUGAUGGGGAAUGUCGCAUUCAUCAGAUGAUUUUCGAGACAAUGAUCGAUCUCCUGGAAUAUUUCCGAAACAAUCCGAUACCUCUCGAAAGUUCAUCUACUCCACCUAUACUUCUCAGCGAAUAUGUUAUUUGUUGGCGUCGACGGUCAUUAGCAUCACUUGACUUGGAUGUUCGAGAUUUUCUUACUCAUUCUGGUUCGGUUCGGUUGGAUAUUCGUGCUCUAGAAGAGCUCGUACGUCACACGCAACGUAAUCGACAGCAUCGCUCAAUGACUACUAAUACUUAUCGUUAUCAAUAA